UAUGUCAAAUGUCUCUCAUAGAAAAUAAUAUAAUUUUUAUUAAAGUAUAUAAUUGAUUUUCUUAUUAAUCAUUGGCAAUUAUUAUUUAUAAAUACAGGAAAAUCUGGUUUAAUUCUUUAUUAACCAUUUCGCAAUUAAAGUUGCUAUGAUUAUUUCCGCCGUUCGCAUCUAACCCUACAAGAAUGUCAAUUGUUUAUAUUAGUGUUUAUGUUACUAAUAUCUAAACAAUUUUUAAUAUUUGGUUAUAUGAGAUUCUUUCUAUCAAAGUGCAGAAAAAUGGGAAACAUCAGCUUUCAGAAACUCUUUCUUCUACAUUAACUAUUAAGUAACAUGUUAAAGGGAAAUCAAAGGUGCAAUGGGAUUUUGCCCUCGAUAACGAGUAGUAUAGAUGAGCACACUGAGACAAAAGAAUUCAAAUUUUUGUAUCUACAAAAUAAUGAAUCGAACGAGAAAAUUGGCAGUAAUUCCGAAUUCUUUAGUAAUAAAAACGCUUUAGUUACAUCUCACUAUGAUUUACAAAAUUCCGUUAGUUCUACACAUGUACCAAAUCAGAAUGUAGAACAGAAACAUUCACACAGUAUUAUAGGUUUAAGUAAAAAAAUUGAUAAUAAAAUAAAUAGUUUAAAAUCUUCUUCAAAACAUCGAUUGAAGCAUAAUGCCAGUACUUACCACGAGUCAUUACAACGGAUAGGUGGUGGCGAUGCUUGCUAUAAUCAUUACCAACAACAGUGGUUCAGUAGUAGUUUAGAGCGAUUAAAAUUAGAAGACAAAUCACGUGAAGAACGCUUAGAAAUUACAAGGUACGAACUGCAAAGGCACUUGAAACAAAUUUUACGGAGUAAUCUGGGAAGGUGGGAUCUUCACGUUGACAAUUUGUCGAAUAGGCGGACAUGUAGUUCACACCAAGUGUGUCAUACGAAUUUGGGAUAUAAUAAAUUAGUGUCGCCGCGUUACUGUUGUGUUGAUAAAUGUUGUCGACAGGCGUUGCCCUGUUCAAAGUAUUGCACGCUGCAUAUCAUGAGUAAUUCUGAUCAAGUUCUCUUCAAUUACUGUACAGCUAAGUUUGCCGAUAAUACGCAAUGCUCCGUUCCAGUUUUGGAUAUCACUCAUGAACUUCCAUUAUGUACAGAACACGCAAGGAA